AUGGGGAUCACGUCAACCACGCCAGGCACGGAGGCAAAUGACGCCUCCAACACCGUAUUCACUUCCACGACCAUCAAAAUCAAGAACCGUCGCAAGCGUUACCUGGACCUGCACCCAGAGUACUUUUCUACCGAUCUCGAGCUAGCUGACCCUUUGCUCUAUGAUCGUUUGAUUCGCCGUUUCCAGACCCCCGCUGAAAGAGAGGCUGAAGGCCGAGCCAAAGGAUUUUCCGGGGUACUCCAAGCAGACCUUUGCCGCUCGGAAGCUAAAUUCGAGGCAUUAAACCAUCCAGACCCUCGUGCCAUGUUCAGCUAUACACGUGGUCCGAACGGGGAGAUCCUCGCUGAGGACAGGGACGAUAUUCCGCCAAGCAAAGAGGAAGGCGAAAAGCUUUGGCAGUGGGAGAUGACCAUGCGGUUUCUGCGAGGCGAGGACGCGGACUUCGACUACCCGACGGUCGACGAUAACGAUGAAUAUGACGAUUGGAAUGAGGCACAAGAACAAUACUUUGAGGACGAAGAGCCAGAAUGGGUUAUCGAGGGAGAAGGAAGUGGGGAUGUUGCCUCUCGGCUUCAAGGUGAGACUGGAAUUCAGGACUUCUGA